GUGAAAUCUGAACAUACUGCAGUGGCAAAAAAUAAAAUUAUCAGGACCCCAAGAAACUACCCUAAUUAUUUUAAAACCUUUGCUCCGUUCCUGGAUGCAUAAAAAGGGCGGGAACUUCGCUCUAUGCUUGAGCUUUAAUCGUGUGCAGUACGCUUCCGCACUCAUCAUUUCUUCCCGCAGUUGAAUUUUUUGCUUCAACUUAUCAAAUACUUUUGUAUCGGAAGAAUCAUGUACGGAAGUCACGGCCAAUUUGAUGGAAAUGCCGCCUUCUCCGGCGGUGGUUUUAUGCCCUCGCAGGCCACUCAAACCGCGAACGAUUCCUCCUUCUCACCGGCAAAGAGUCGGGAUAUGCAAACCUUGACUCCACUCACAGUGAAGCAAAUUAGUGCGGCAUUUCAGUCUAGUGAUGACAGAAUGAAUAUUGUCAUAGAUGGGGCUGACGUGAAUAAUGUGAAAUUGGUGGGAACAUUGAUGGACAAAGCCUCCAGGGUAACUGAUGCUCAAUUCGUCUUAGAUGAUGGGACUGGCCGAAUCAAUUGUUUCAGAUGGCUAAAUGGAGAAGCUUAUGAAUCUCAAGAAAUGGAUAAAGUAGAGGAGGGCAAGUAUGUCGUUGUUCAUGGCCACUUGAAAGGCUUUCAGGGGAAAAAGCAACUGGUGGCUUACUCUGUCCGGCCUGUGAGCGAUUAUAAUGAGAUAACUAACCACUUUGCUGAUUGUAUAUAUGUCCACUGCCACAACACCAGAUUACGGAGGUUGCAAGAUAAUGCCAGCAGUAGUUCUGUUCAAAUGCCGAGUUCAGGUUUAACUACUCCUGUAAAGGCUGAAACAAGUCAAGUAAGUCCAUGUUUGUAGUUUUGUGAUCGCUUAUGUGGUUAAUAUUUGAUUAUCGCCUGGUUAAUGUUUUCUUUUUCAGUUUUCUGGCCGGUUCGCUGUUGACGGACGCAAAAGCAUCGAUGGAAUGAUUUUGGACUAUUUGCAGCAGCCAAAAUACCUGUAAGAUAUGUGAUGCUAUCCUUCUGCAUUGAGGUUUUAUUUUGGGUAUCAUCUGAAUUGAGUUUUAUAUUCUGUUGCUUUGUAGCUUUGCAACUUUGAAUUCACACAUGUUAGGUUAAAAUUUUAACCUGUAGUUCCUUUUUCUUUUCUUUUUUUUUUUUUGUUUUAAAAGAAAUAAUGUUUACCUGUUGUUUCUAUUUGUGAAGACUGUGCUAGUAAUUGCUACUGCAGAUCUAUCUAAAUAUAGUAUCACAUUCUAUGUGUGAUUUGUCAAAGAGAGGAUUUUAAAACUAUAUACAGCAUUUAUGGGUAUGUUAGGAAGUGAGCAAAAUUUUAAGGCAGCUGAGGUUUGAAGUAGUGGCAGCUUGGACCUGAAAUUGUUACUUGGUCACAACAUUCCUUUCAGAUGCAAGGACAUUGCAUAUGAUUUCUGAGAAUCAUUGUAUUGCUGAUGCCAAUUCAUGCCCUAAAGAAUCGGAAUACUAACUUGUUUUUGACAAGCUUUAGCUGUGUUUGUCUUUCAGUUCUGUUUGAAUUCUCUAUUUCAACUUUUUUGUUUCAGUAAUCUAGAGAAGGGAAUACACAUAGAUGAACUAAAAUCACAUCUGGGCGUGCCCUUGCAACAAAUCAAGUACGUCUCUGUGUUACUUUCACAAUUUGACCUGCUUACGCUCUCAGAAUCAACAUGUUGAACCUGUGAGCAUGUAAUCAUUUUCUGGUUUGUCCCUUGUCAUUUUUCCAGAGAAGCGAUCGAGUUACUUGAAUCAGAAGGGCUGGUUUACUCGACUAUUGAUCAGUAUCACUACAAAUCCACUAUGAAUGGCUGAACUACUCAAGAUAGUUUUACAGUGGCUUUGGAUGUUGUGUUUUGAUCUGGUUUGGUGCAAUGUAUAUGAUUGUCUGAAACAAGACGCGUUUGUAGAGCUUCCUUUUUGGACUCAGGAUUUUGAGAACUAGUGAUAUUAUGGUUAUCAUCAGAUGUUAAAAUUAUGGGAAAUUUUGGAAGCUUUUAUGCAGUCAAAAACUACAAUUUUUCCUUCCUCUUCACUGUUCAUCUUUUUCAAGAAUGUUACGUUCUGAUGGAAAAUUGGGUUCCUGAUUCAUGUGCUUAUCUGUCCAGUAUACCUUAUUCCCUGGUUGAUUAUCAGGCCACUGUGUUAAUAAUGAUUCAACACAUGUAUACCAGUGCAUGAAAACAGCCAUAUAAAUCAAUAGAAUUCAUGGUAAGGGGGAUAUACACCCUUAAAUAAGUAGUAAAAUACAUCAUUUGUA